UCCCUCCGCCUCCUCCUCUCUUGCCUGCAGCCGAGCGUCCCCUUCCCCCACUGUCGGGUUUCUCCGCGGCUACUGCAGAGGAUUCAGAUCUGAGUAGCUGAGGAGAAGGAGGAGGAGGCUCCCGUCCCUGCGCGCCAUCCACCACCCUACUGGACACGGACGAGGGAACGAGAGCGUCGCCGCUGUAGCCUCCAGAGAAGACAAGGGCAUCGCCGCUUCAGUUGCGGCCGCCGCGGUUUUCGUCUGCAGCAGCUCGCCGGGCUGGCUUCCUGGCUCACUAGACUGACUUCCUUGAUUUUGAUCCUCAGUCUUCCACAAUGAACCCUGUUUAUAGCCCCGUGCAACCUGGGGCUCCUUAUGGCAACCCUAAGAACAUGGCCUACACUGGUUACCCCACAGCAUACCCGGCAGCUGCUCCUGCCUACAACCCCAGCCUGUACCCGACCAACAGCCCUAGUUAUGCUCCAGCCACUCUGCUGAUGAAACAAGCCUGGCCACAGAACUCGUCUUCCUGUGGCACUGAAGGCACCUUCCACCUCCCAGUGGACACCGGGACCGAGAACCGAACUUACCAGGCAUCCUCUGCGGCUUUCAGAUAUACCGCAGGGACACCAUACAAGGUCCCACCGACCCAGAGUAAUACUGCUCCACCCCCCUACUCCCCAUCACCCAAUCCCUAUCAGACGGCCAUGUAUCCAAUCAGAAGUGCCUAUCCCCAGCAGAAUCUGUAUGCCCAGGGAGCCUACUACACACAACCUGUGUAUGCUGCCCAGCCCCAUGUCAUCCACCACACCACGGUUGUCCAGCCCAACAGCAUUCCCUCUGCCAUCUACCCAGCUCCUGUUGCUGCCCCCAGGACCAAUGGUGUGGCCAUGGGCAUGGUGGCAGGCACCACCAUGGCAAUGUCAGCAGGUACCCUGCUGACCACACCCCAGCACACUGCAAUUGGGGCACACCCUGUCUCCAUGCCCACAUACAGGGCCCAAGGAACCCCUGCGUACAGCUACGUGCCCCCGCACUGGUAAAGCCUGCAGCCCAUCCAAAUCUGGAGUCACAUUGUAUGCAACUACUCGAGUCUUACCGGUGCUGAGCAGUCUCCUAGCAGCACCACCUCUAUUGCAAGAAGAGACAACGGAAGUGCAAGGGUCACUUUAUGCAUCUUUAAUGGUUUUGAUUUUUAUUUUUGGUUUUUGUAAAAGCUGCUUUUUCUAAUCUCCUAGGAGCCUCCCCUCGUGCCUCCCUCUUAGCCACACCCUUCUGCUCUAGCCCUUCUUCCUACCUAGCCAGGCCCAGUCCUCUCUGCUUCUUCCCUUCCCUCAGCAUCCUGUCCCUGGGACCCCGGUCUAGUAGCAAGCAGAGAGUGAGGUUUAUUGUGAUGGUUCAUCUAAAGGCUAGAUUCGUUUGGAGAGCAGAACAAAUGUGGCCCUCCGUGUGGAGUAGGGACUUGAAGCUGUCGAGAAGGCCACAUCUCUGUCAGAUUGUCAUUUUCUGAAGCAAGAUUAGUUCAAAAAGAAAGAAAUAUCUAAGAACCAUCACAACAGACCAAGAACAAACCCACCUGGUUAUGUAGGAAUGUUAGCAGCUUCAUGUCCCCAGGCUCAGAACCUGGGAAAGCAGAGAGUUUGGGGAAGGGUGGAGGGAGGGAAGACACUGGGGAGGGAGGUAGUGUGAAGAAGGGCAGGAGGGUGCUUAGCUCUGGUUUGAAAGGUCUCCGGCCCCACUGCUGGGCCUGGACCUUCUGAUUUGCACAGUGAUGUUAACUGACCUGGCACUUCCUUCAGAGAUGCUUUGACCUCAGACCUGCCAAACAGCUGCAUGUGCUGGGAUACCAGCAUCCAGAGGCUUCGCAUAAUCCCACACCCAGCCUGAGCCUCGAGGACCUCUCCUGAGGCGCUUCCUCCUGAUGAGAGUAGGAACUGGUGGCAUUUCUCUCCCUUGCCCUUCUGCCCUUCCCCGUGCCGGACGCACACGUCUGUCUGUGGGGCUGGCAGGCAGGCCAAGCUCUUGGUUACCUUGUGCCAUGUCACGGCCAAAGUGAAGGAACCACAUUCCAGGUGGGAGCUGGCGGUUCUGAAGGUCAGGAUAGUGAAGGAAAACAAUAGCAAUAAUCAUUUCAUACUCAUGGAACUGAAGGAACCUUAGCAUCCAUCAUCUCACCCAGUCCCCUAUCUGACAGAUGAGGAAACUGAGGCCCAGAGAAGCAGAAAGGACUUCUCUGAACCUCACUGUAAAUUAGCAUUAAAUGCAGCCGUCCUACUACUGGCAUUUUACCUACAAAAAUUUUGCUAGGGAUGGAUUGGCUUGACUUUGUAAGAAUUAAGUCAGCAGUGCCACAUCUGGUGAGCUCUGUAAUGACCUCUGGGCUUGUUUCUGCUGUUCCCCCACGGACUCCAAAGGUGGGGGCUAAGAGAGGCCACAUAGAGCAGGCGGCAGAAAUAGAAAUUACACUUGGAAAACCUAUGAAGACAUCUGGAAUGUUCAUCUUGAACCUGACUCCACUCCAGGAAAAGGAGUAGGUGGGCUGACUGGAAGGAGAGCCUGUGCACUUAGGACAGUAGCUCUUUAUCCCAAGAAGAGAGGAAGAGUGGGAGCCACCCAGAGAGGUGCACAUGAAUGAGGCCAAGCAGAUACAGUCACAUCUGGGAGAAGAGGGACCCCGACCAGCCACCCUCCUGUGCACAGCUAGCAAAGCCGACAUCUUCCCUGGGUGGAACAGGAAUACCUUACUGUGUAAAAUUGGAUCACUGGUAAUAUUUCAGACUUGAAUUAUUUUCAUUUUAAAUUCAUUUUAAACUUGGACAUCACCUUCCUAUUUCCCAAGUCCCCCUAAAGGAAAAAAAAAGGAAACCACUGAGCUGGAAUGACCUCAGAAACAGUCUGACUGUCCCCAGGGGGUCAGAGUUCUUCAGCGUCUGUGGCAAAGAGCCAGAAGUUAAGGCUGCUACCUUCCUGGUCUCCCAGGAACUUCAGGACCAGGAAAACUCAGCUGUUCUGGGGUGCUGACAAGGUUUCAUUUUAAAACAAAGUUUUCCAGUGUUAAUCUGAUCUUAUAACACCUCUCCCUGUCCUCUGUGGUUUUGUAGAGGUGGAUGAAGGUUGCUAGAGAUCAUGUCUAACAUGUUAAAAAAUGCCAAACUGAUAAAGGUGGUGGUAAUUGUAGGUUACAUUUGUUAGGUGCUUCAUUAGUUUCAAAGCACUUCAUGACCUUUAAUAUACUGACCCUGAGAGCAAGCAACAGGGUCGGUUAUUCCACUCACUUGACAAGUGAUGCGAUAGAUUCUAAGGAGAAAUGAAAUGGCCCAAAGUGAGCUCACUGCUGGGAUCCUGGCAGGCUACCUAGACCCCACGGUCUCCAGGUGACCUGGUGGCAGAGGAAAACACAGACCCAGGAGUGGCCUUUUCAUGUUUGUUCUUUCUACACCAGUAAAUAAAAGCUGUUUGCACCCCUCACUGUUCAUGUGGGUUAGCCCUGACAGAUGAAGGCAUGGAGCCUGCUAUUUAAUUCAUAGAGGUUCCAAGGCUCCGAAAAGUACAGGGACUUUCUGGUAAGGAACCCCCUGCUGGCGCUGUUCUCUCCAGGCCUGAUCCAAACAUAGGCUCAUGUUCUGAAGCAUCUGUGCUCUGCACCUCAUCUGGGAUUCAAGAGCAGAAAAGUCCCAAGGUGAAAACCAAGUAUUGGCAUGCUGUAGUCUAGAAGAACCAGACCCAUUAACUCUUUUUAGUAAGAGCACAAAAGCUGGCCUCACCCUUUUGUUUGAUAGAGAUCCACAAGUCUAGCCAAGCUUAGGGAGUCAUAGUGAAGGGACUGAGCCCUAGGGCACAGGGGGUUAUGUGACCACAGCUGGCAAGGUGACACGUAGCUGGCAGGAAUACUCUAGGUAUCAUCUAAACAGUCUGGAGGCUCAGUGGUCAAGACAGAGGAGGCCAGAGCUGGAAGGGUCCCCUCACCAUAGGAUGAGGGGUGUGCACAUGACCAUGAGCUGCCACACUGGCAUCACCAUACACAGACACCUUGUCCACACCUUUUCCCCUCCCCAGUGCAGUGCUGAAGGAGAGGUGCCUGAAGGAGAGGUGCCUCUGUUCACCAGCCUCCCUUAUCACCAUUUGUUCACCUUUAUCCACCCUGGGCCAGGAAGUCUGGAAACUGGACUACUCACAGUUAGUGAAAGCCUGAGAGUCUCUUGUCAUGCUUAAAACAAAACAAAACAAAAAACAAACAAAAGCCCUAUUUUUCUUCCUAUAAGAUAAACCACGUUUUCCUUCUCGUUAUCCCAGGAAUGCCCUAAAGUGCACCCCCUUCCCUGAAUAUUCAUCAGGGACACACAUCUAUCUGUCCAGACCUCUUUUUGUAAAGUACUUUGACUUUGAUUGCCAAAACCUCUAAAGAUAGGAGGCAGGGUAUGCAUCGUGAUGCUAUGAAGGGGUCACAGGCUUGCCAAAGGACACAUAGCUCAUGAGUGAAAGAGCCAAGAUUUAGACUCUUCUGAUCCUCUAUUCUUGUUGCUGCCUCCUACUGGAUCUCGAGUGUAAGCUUGCUUGAAGAAAGAAGGGGUUACUUGCUACCCCACACAGAAGCGUUUAUGAAGACUUGGGGAGCUCCGGUCCAUCAGCUGAGCAGAUUUUUAAGAAUUUCUGCUUUGGGCCAAGACCUAUAAUGGGCCCUGGAGACCCAGAGAUAGAUAGAUCCAGCUGGUAGUACAGAUAGGAAUUUGCCACAAAAGACCUAACUCAGGACACUGAAGGUGACAACUGCCUAGUACUGAAGAUAAUUGAGGACAGUAUCGUCCAUCUUUCAACAAAGAGUCUUGCUUCUGGAAAGCCUGCACAAUCUGUCCAUCUGGCUCCUGUCCAGAUCCAACAAAGUACGUUAACGGGGCAUGGUAUAAGCCUGAACUACUGAAAGCAUGUCUGGACUGGAGUACAAGGUUUAUUUGAGAACCAGAAACUAACUUGUGUCCCAUGUAUCCCAGUGCUUUCUGGCCAUCAGGGCAGUUCUACGUUUGAGACCUAGCAGUGUUUCUUUGGAAGGCUUGAUGCUCUGUUCUAAAUAGCUUUCAGAAAUGAGUCAUGGAGAGCAUACAAGUAGCACAAAUCCCUUGGUCACCAAGUUCUGGCAUCUGUAUUGUGCAGACAUGACACAUCAGAUAAGGCAUUGGCUGAACCAGGCUUAGUUCCCUGCAUAUCAGAUAUCUUGCCCCUGCUAUGGGCUCUGGUCUUCACAGCGUUCUGGCAGAAUCAGUCAUCAUCCCAUGUGUGACUCAUGUUCAGUGAGCUCUGCUUUUCCAUCUUGAGUUAACUACAUGACUGCUGAGUGUGUGGCCCCAAGUAUCUUGUCAAGCUAGGGAGACUAGAGAAGGAGGGCAGCCUGGGUUGGAGUGGACAAAGGAGAGCAAAGCAGCGGAAACAUCUUGGCUAGGUUUCCUGCUCAGACAACACCUGAGCCUCUAGACAGACUUCUGUGGACAUGCCGGGCUGGCAGCAAGGUUUGUCCUUUUCCUACCCCUGUUCGCUCUCCUAGGGGGAAAAAAAGAAAAAAAAAAAUUGUGAAAUUUGGCAUUAUGUGGUUCCAGGGCUCAGCUUUCAAAAUUCCCAGUAGGCCAGCUUCAACAUUCCAUGGCCAAACUCGCCUGACCUAGACUUGGGUCCCACUCUCAGUUUCUCCUGUGGGUAUUUCCUAAUUUAUAAACUGUUAAUGCCAGCCAGAAGGCCAGCUAAGAAUAUAGGAGUUGAAACUAGUGGCCACAGAGUCAAAGAGGGACACAGAAGACAAGCAGCACUUGCUUUCCUUACCGUGGCUGCUGCUUUCGGUAGCCCUUAGGUAGCCCUGCGGUGGCAGUGUGUCCCUUUAUCCUUUCCAGCCUGAGGGACAAUUUUCUUUCCCAAGAGAACAGAUUUAAAACAGCUUUACAGAUAGCAGCAGCCCACAGGAAUCUGCUUUGGGUUUGACCCUAGCAUCCUCUGUCCUAGACCCCAGCUCAGCCAUCCUCCUCAUGCAUGAAAGUCAGACUAAAUGAAGAAUAGGACUGGCCCAGAGACCUCAGGUCAGCCAGAUCAACUGGAUCUGUCUUGUGAACCAAGCUCCUUACAAGGUGAUGCAAGGCUAGGCCUCCUGCACCUUGGAGUUGUCUUUUAUCUUUGAAGGCCCAGGGCCUGUCCCCUUCCUGUCUUCAAGGCAUCUGCACCCCUCUUUCAUAGCACAUGACAGAGAAGCUUGUUCUCAUGGCAUGGACCAUCCCUGUGAAGAGAGCGUUGUGUAUGAUUUUUGUAUUUUUUAAUUCAUUUUAACCUACAGGUUGGAAUCUAAUUUUUAAAUUUUAUUGGAACUCACAUUUUAAAACAAAUAAAAAACAUUUAAAAAUAAUAAUAAUUAUAAUAAUAAACCUUUGACCAGUGUCUUCCAAGUAGUUUGAUCAAAUAAUUUAUAGAUGUUUUCAAAAUACAGCCUGGAGUGUAAAGAUUGGAAAGCCCUGUGGCCACGCUUGUGUGUAUGAAGUGUAAAUCUGGCUUUGUUGUUUUGGAUUCCUUUGGGUUUUGCUUUGUUUUGAAGAUCAGAUAGUGAUCACUCUGAAUGGUUGAAGCCAAGAGUUUGUAACUAUGAUAUUUACUGUAAGCUGUAGAACAUUCAACAACUAUUAAAAGAAAGUUUCCAAAAAAAAAAAAAAAAAA